UAAUCGAAAGGAUAUUGUGAAACGUACGGAUUCAUACCAUUCAAAUUGUGAUAUUUGCGACGAUUUGUAACACUUUCAUCGUCAUAGACCAACGCCUACUAACCCUAAUAUAUGUAUAUUUAUUCAUGUUCAUGGAGGAAAAAUUUUUUAUCAGAACAUAAAAAACUUCUAUCAAGAAAUUGCUUUGUUUCGCUUUUCGAUAAUUAUUUUAAUUUACAGGAAUGGACAUUAGACAUUGCUGCGUAUGAUCAUGACAGAUACGCAAAUCAUACAGAAUUGUGUUCACUUAAGGUAUCAGUGAAAGAUAUGAAAAAAAUAUUUUACAGUCCGGAGAUUCAUAUGUUCAAUUAUAGAAUGAAGCCGUCUUAUCAGGAGUUUGGCAAUAUUUUAUUAGCUAUAAGCUAUCUACCCACUGCAGAAAGACUGACUAUUAACAUCAUGAAACUGCGCGAUGUUAAAUUUAUACCAACUGUGUUGAGUGUAAAUGAAUUUAAUCCGUAUGUUAGAGUGUUAAUGUUAAACGGAAAAACGGGUAAAAAGAUGAAGAAGAAAAAAACCAAAUUCUUGCGCGCUGUUGCGCAGCCGGAGUUUAACGAGAUUUUGACAUUCGAUUUGGCAAUCACUCAACUCGAUACUGUCCAAUUUCUUGUGGUGCUCUGUAGCAAGAUUUUACCGGAAGGACCACCCGUCAGUACUGCCGACGCGAGUGACAGCGAAGAUUCUAUAUGUUCAUUUAAACGAUCCACCGAUACUUUUAUCGGUAAAGUAGCUCUUGGAAAAGGUGUAAGAGGUUCGACCGAGAGACUACAUUGGUUCUCAGUGCUUCAAAAUCCACGAAAACUUGUUACUGUCUGGCACACUCUGAAAUAAUAAAAACCAUUGUUAUAUAUGUCAUUAUAUACAAAAGAUAAUUGUUAUUUUCUGGUAACUCUUAUGAACUAUUGCAAUUGUAAAAAGACGCGGGCGAUCUUAUAUUUAUUUUAUAAUUUAAUAUUAUUUAUAAUAAUAAUAUUUAAUAUUAUUAAUAUACUCUAUUGAAGCGUAUUAGAAUGGAAUAGUGACCCACACAGCACAUAUAUGUAGAUACUGAGAAAGUUCUGAGAAUAUCACAACAGUACGUUACGUAUAUUCUCAUAACUUUCGAAUAUGUUCUAUGAUGUACUGAGUACGUACUGAGAAUGCACUAAUGUCCGCUUUUUCUCAUAUAUAGUAUGUGCUGAAAAUAUAUCAAUGGUAUAUACUGAGGAUAUUCUGUUGAUAUAAUAAAUUUUAGUCGACCUUAUCUGGCAUGUGUGUAAUGUAUUUUUUUUUAAAUUGGGAUAAACAGGCGAUGUUUCCACCAUCGGUUCUGGUCCUUCUCAAGCCGUUACUAAAAUACAAUAAUAUUUGAACACUA